CCCUGCACAAAGCCGAUAGCGAUUCGACACUGGCCAGUGUGAUACCCACCCUUGCCUCUAACACUGGCAUUUCUCAAGCGCACCCUCUCUUGAGACUGGACUCUUGUGCUAUGCUCAUCGCUAAGGAGCAAGUAAAGCAUCUUGAGAGUCGUGUCCAAGAGCUUGAAAAGGCAUUGAAUGCGGAACGACUAGAGGAUACAGAGGGUCAAUUGAUCUGCAAUAUAGAAUACUCGGAGGAUGACAUGCAAGGUGUUACUUCAAUGAAUGGACAGGAAGAGUCAAAAGAAUUCAAGCGGUGGAAGCAAACUGUGCUGACGCAAUGGGAGAAGGACCCUAACUCAGUUCCAGGGGGCAUUCGCCUACUCCCCAACAGGGACGACACCAAUCUUUAUUUCCGGCUACACAAAAUUUUUACGAAGGAUCGAAUGAAGUCCCAACUUACGGUCAUCACGGAGGCGACUCAACCUCAAAAAAUGAAACUGGCUAGUGGAGCACAAUCAGCUGUUGCAGAAGAUAUCAAGUACAAUACACAAUCCUUUGUUGCUGAUGAUGUAAGGAAUCACCUCGUGGCACAAUGCAGAUGGGGCCGUAAGGAUCUUAAGGAACCCACUACAACAGGAAUGGUCACUCGUAAUACAUCCAAAGUGACACCUCCUGAAGGCAUCCCAAUCGGCCCAAAGCAUGUACCAACUGGCCCAAAGGGGACACAAACUGGCCCAAAGCGUGUACCAAUUGGCCCAAAGCGUCGUUAA